GUUAAUCCUCUCUUUCUCUCAAUCUCUGAAUAAUUUUUCGCUUUCUCUGCCUAACCACCAUUCAUUGUGAUCUGAGUUUCUGUGUUCGUCUGAUGGUAGAUUCGACUGUUUCACGCGUGCAAUACGAAUCCGAGACUCUUCGCCUUUCGUAUUCGUGAUCUGGAGAUUUGUGUAUAUUCAUUCUCCUUUGUUGUUGUGUUUUUAAAUAAUAAUAAUAAGAAGAAGAAGAGAGAUGUCUAAUUUGUAUGGAGAUUAUAACCAAAAGAUCGAUUACGUCUUCAAAGUCGUGUUGAUCGGUGAUUCUGCCGUUGGCAAAACUCAGCUUCUUGCUCGGUUCGCUAGGAAUGAGUUUAGCGUCGAUUCUAAAGCCACCAUUGGUGUUGAAUUCCAGACUAAAACGCUCGUCAUUGAUAACAAAACCGUCAAAGCUCAGAUUUGGGAUACUGCUGGCCAAGAAAGAUAUAGGGCGGUGACAAGUGCAUACUACCGUGGAGCAGUUGGGGCAAUGUUGGUCUACGACAUGACCAAACGUCAAUCAUUCGAUCACAUGGCUAAAUGGCUGGAAGAGUUACGAGGACAUGCGGACAAGAACAUAGUGAUUAUGCUAAUUGGGAACAAAUGUGAUCUUGGAAGCCUAAGAGCAGUGCCAACAGAAGACGCACAAGAGUUUGCACAAAGAGAAAACUUGUUUUUCAUGGAAACCUCUGCUCUAGAAGCUACCAAUGUUGAAACAGCAUUUUUGACCAUCUUAACAGAGAUCUACCGAAUAAUCAGCAAGAAAUCACUAACGGCUGAUGAUGAUGACGCCGAUGGUAAUUCAAGUCUCUUGAAAGGAACUAGAAUCAUCAUCCCGAGCGAGCAAGAGAGUGGGAAAAGAGGUGGAUGUUGCGGCAAAUCGUAAUUCUACUAGCGAAAGAGAGAAAGAUUGUAUUUUUUGGUUGUUCUUGUUGUUUUUUCUUUGUCCCGCUUUAUAUAUUUUGUUAUUCGUGUUAGGCCAUUUGUUCUUGAAACGAAACAAUAUGCCAAGGUUUACUAGAGAAAGAGUAUGAGGGUGAAACAAGAAGCCCCCAUUUUUUACAUCACAUUUUAUAGAAAAAAAUAACCUUUUAUGAGAUCGUGU